UUAUUUUAUAUACUAAAUCGCAAGUCGAACGCAGAAAGAAGACAACUAAUCUGCAACCGAAACCCAAAACGACAACGUGAAUUGUCAAAAUACAACAACAAUCAAUUGCAAGAAGAACAAACAAUAUUUAGACCAACAAGCAUUCAAUGCCUCUUAGGGGUGUCAAAAAGUACAUCAACUAUAGUAGUGACGUCAGGAUAACGGCGAUUUUGGCGCAAGUCCGACACAAAAGGCUGUCGUAAGUAACCAUUUGCAACGUCCCUUCGUUCAGUGCAACAUAUGGCAAUAUGAACCAACGAACGAACAUGAACUCUCACAUAUUAACGAUUUUUUGUUACUGUUUUGUUGUUGGUGCUAUAUACAUUUAUAGAGUUUUUCUCUUGUACGCUGCAAACCGUGAAAGUCACAAAUUAUACGAUCGCAUUCCAUGAUAGCGGCAAUUUGAUGAGGACGAGACAAGGGGGGAGAUUUCUAGAGCCCCGCAGCUUAGGACAGACUAACGAGGAACGCACUUAUUAUAUGUUCAUAUCAAUGUAUGUGUACAGCGAAGACAACCCUUAAGUUACUUACCUGGCGUUGCGGCAACUUGUACUGAUCCUGCCGCUACUGAUAUGUUAAUAGUGAUGAUCCUUAAAUUAACUGUUUUACAUUCCAACCGUCGGCUUUUUUACUUAACCUUUUUUGUUUGCAUACCUUCCCCGCGUUGUUUUUACACACUGCGGCUGGCACAACUAUUUGAAAAUCUUCCCUCACUGCGACCAUAUGGUCAACACCAUCUCCAUUAGGGACGUCUACCGCGCACUCUCGUGUCACUCGCGUGCCAGUUGGUCAAAAUUUCGUGUGCAGACCGUCGGCGGGGAUUCCACUAGCCAACUGGUGGCUGAAACGACGUCGAUGAAUGGUAGAACAGUUGGUCUUUUCUCCAUUCACGGCCUGAGCAGCGCUUCAGUAUCGAGUUUGGUUGAAGCUAACGCGCAGUUCGUGUUUAAACGCAGUGCAGUGAAGAUCUGUUGAAGGAAUAUGAACUUAAACGCUCAGCCUUUGCAGCUACAACAAAAAAUCUUAGAACAACAGUAUCAACAACAAAAUUAUUACUCGGUAUUUUCAACACAUUCAAGUGAUUUAUCUUAUGCAUCCUCAGAAGAGGACGGCUCGCAACGCUAUGCAAGAAGCCCAAUCUAUACGCUCUCAAUCGUUAGCACGACAGAUCAAAAUGUGGAGGCUGGUAAAGAGAAUUCCGAAAUGUUGAACCAUUGGCCCUUAACUUUAGGUUACACACCGAAUCAUUCAUUACAAUCGAUAUCUGAAACAGAGUCGUUCUAUCAUGGUUACAAUCCUACGUCACAACAAUACAAUCUUAACAUCAGUUCCUGUGUCGAUACGGAAUCUCUAAGCACAACAACCAGCGAGUCUGGUUCACCUAACGCAACAAAAUCGACAAAAUUCAACAAACGCUCCGUGGAUCGCAAAGACGUAAUUACGAAGAAAUCGGAUGCGGUUCUGAAACCGCCAAGCCCCAGUGUCCUUAAACGCCGUCGCCAAGCGGCCAAUGCACGUGAACGUAAACGUAUGAACGGUUUAAAUGAGGCUUUCGAUCGGCUCCGCGAGGUAGUGCCUGCACCGACCAUCGAUCAAAAGCUCUCCAAAUACGAAACGUUGCAAAUGGCACAGACAUACAUAGCGGCACUCUGUGAAAUGCUGGAAAGUGGUCUAAAUGCAGCCAACUAUAUGAUGCAGCGAGACGAACAUCACACCUUUCAUGAAGAUAUACCAGUGACGGAGAUGAAUUGAGAAGAGAAGCACUUAGAGUGUGCUGUCCAGUUCUGAAACAACCAAAGGAAUAAGUGUGCGGUUUGGAGUUGCC